UUUCAUCAUUUCAAAAGGAAAUGGGAAACCCUGAAAAACUAGGUCGUGAGUAUUGAUUUUUACCUAAUAUCCGACAAACGUACGCGUUGCGCGGCUUUGGCUUUGUGCAAACCGAUUUAUUGUGUUCGUGUUCGCGUCGAGGCGGAGUCGUCCAAAAUGCCCGUAACUCAGUCAGGGGCGACGGUGGAGAAUGUCCGCGUGGUGGUGCGGGUGCGGCCGAUGGAUGAGCGGGAGAAACUGGAGGGCGCGCCGUGCUGCGUGUCCGUGGACGCCGUGCACGGCACGGUGGCCGUGACGCGCUCCAACGCCGUGCCGCCCGAGCCACCGAGAGUCUACGCCUAUGAUGCCGUGUUCGACUCGACCACUAGCCAGAUGGACAUCUACGUGCAAACCGCGAGCCCUAUCGUCGAGCAGGUCCUGAAGGGCUACAAUGGCACCAUCUUCGCGUACGGUCAGACCGGCACCGGCAAGACUUACACCAUGGCCGGCGCCACGGCCGCGCCCGAGCUGAGGGGCAUCAUACCCAACUCGUUCGCGCAUAUAUUCAGUCACAUCGCCACGGCUAAGGACGAUGAGAAGUUCCUGGUGUGCGUGACCUACUUGGAGAUCUACAACGAAGAGGUGCGCGACCUGCUGGGGACCAACCCGCACCAGUCGCUCGAGGUCAAGGAGAGACCGGACAUUGGGGUCUUCGUCAAGGACCUCACAGGCUACGUGGUCCACAACGCAGACGAGCUGGAAAAGAUCAUGUUCGUUGGCAACAAGAACCGCCACAUCGGCGCCACCGCCAUGAACACGGAGUCGUCCAGGAGCCACGCCAUCUUCAGCAUCACCGUGGAGAGCAGCAAGAAGGGCGCCGACAACAAGACUCACGUUCAGAUGGGGAAACUGCACCUCGUGGACCUCGCCGGCUCCGAGCGCCAAAGCAAGACGCAAGCCACCGGCACCCGUCUCAAAGAAGCGACCAAGAUCAACCAAUCCCUGUCCGUGCUCGGCAACGUCAUAUCCGCUCUGGUCGACGGCAAGAGCACCCACAUCCCCUACCGGAACUCCAAGCUCACCAGGCUGCUGCAAGACUCGCUCGGAGGGAACUCCAAGACUGUCAUGAUUGCAACGAUCGGGCCGGCAGAGAGCAACUAUGUAGAGACAAUCAGCACUCUCCGCUACGCCAACCGCGCCAAGAACAUCGAGAAUAAAACCCACGUCAACAGCGAACCAGGCGACGCGCUGCUUACAAGGUUCCAACAAGAGAUCGAUCAACUCAAGAAACAGUUGGAAGAGAACGAAAAUGAGUUGGAAGAGGAGGAGGCCGAGCUGAGCGAGGGCGAGCUCACCGACGACACCCUCACCGAGUCCGAGCUGGACUCGCUCGGCCCCGAGCAGCGCAAGGAGCUGCGGAGGCUGAGGAGGGAGGAGAAGGAGAAACUGAACCGAGAGAAAGCGAACCAAGCGAGGAAAGUGCUGGAAGAGAAGAAGGCAGAGUUGCAGAGGACCAAGAAACAGCAGGAGGAGCUGAAGGACAAGCUGCAACGCCUGGAGUCCAAGGUGCUCGUCGGCGGCGAGAACCUGCUGGACAAGGCCGACGCCCAGCGCAGGCUGCUGGAGCAGGCCGCCCGCGAGCUGGAGCAGCGGCGACUCAUCGAGCUGCGCCUGCAGGAGGACCUGCAGAAGAAGGAGGCCGAACGUCUGGACAUAGAAGAGCGUUACUCCUCCCUCCAAGAAGAGAACGCAGCCAAGACCAGGAAACUGAAGCGCGCCGUCCAACUCCUCAACUCCGCCAAAGCGGAGCUGGCUGACCAGCAGCGGGAGCAGCAGAGGGAGAUGGAGGGCAUCCUGGACUCCGUCAGGGCUCUGAGGAGGGAGAUACAGCUGGCAGACCUGGUGCUGGACUCGUACAUACCCAAGGAGUACCAGGCGCUGAUAGAGCAGUACGUGCACUGGAACGAGCAGCUGGGCGAGUGGCAGGUGAAAUGCGUCGCGUACACCGGGAAUAAUAUGAGCGCGCCCGCCCCGCCGCGCCACCACAGACACAUGGAGCCGCCCGACCUGUCGUGCCGCUACCUGUCGUACGCGGCCGUCACCGCGCGCGCGCGCCCCGCCGCCUCCGCCGUGCCGCGCCCGCACACCGCCGCGCCCCGCCCCAGGCAGUAGGGAACUAUUUCAGCCCUAUUAGCUAUGUAAUAAAGCUCAAAAUUGGGUAGCAGCUUUUAAUAAAAAAGUUACGAGACUCCGUAUUCGUAGGGACUUAAGCCCUAUUCUUCUUCUUCUUAGUCGGCGUCUUCAUCGCUGAAGGCCGUGUCUAGUUUGAAGAGUUUGAGCCCUAUUACUUGUGCAUUAAAGCUCAAAAUUGGGUGGCGGCUUUUAAUAAAAAAAAAUUAUGAUAUUCGGUAUUCGCCGGUUAGAAUUGAGCACAGCCAUAGCAGAGGCUAUUUAACAACCGCAUGUAGUAUUUGAAACACGUGAUCUGUAUUAUGUUCGAUGAGUAAAACCAUAGAGUAUAAAGUAAUAUAAGUAAAGAAAGAGUGGUACGAGUAACUCCAUACAUCAGUUUUCUUACAUCGACAUCUAACGUCAAGUAGUGGAACUAUCAGUACCCCUACUUGACACCAAACGUCACAAGUGUAGCUACUGACGAAAAAUCUACUACUAAAACGAUUUACAGCUAAAUAUAAGCAGAAGGGGUUGAAAAUAAUCAAAAUAGACUUCCAGUUGAUCCAGUUAUAAUAUUAGCUGAAAAUUGUUAAGCAUUAGAGUUUUCGUUCGCCGCGACAUCUGUUGUCAACUAGCAGUACUGAUAAAUUCCGCUACUUAACGCUAGAUGUCGACUACGAAAUAACGCGCGUUUUUGGAGUUACCACUUUUUCUUUACUUAUUACUCUAUGGCACUUUUUUAAUUGUAUUUAAAACAAAAUGAUUAGUCAAUGUAAAAGUAUUUUUAUACAUAAUCAAAUGACAUUUGUAUUACUAGAAUUAACUGUUUAUCUUUAGUAUUCUACUACUAGUCGCAUUCCAGUGAUUAUAUUGUUAUCUCGUUUUUGUUAUAUUUUAACUUAUCUAAUUUAAUAAAUUGAAGAUUGUCAUCAAUAUCGGAUAUGAAGAUUAAUGAUCUCUAUUGUUUGUGAUUUUGAUUUUAUUAUGUGAUUUCGCACGAUAGAUUUGUAUUUUUACACUUUUAACUGUAACACACUAAUAUAUUCAAUAAAUAUUAAUUUAAAUAACGUA